UUCUUUAUAUUUUAUUUAGAGCUUACAAAGGAAAAAUGGUGACCCAAUUGCACGUUGUGAUGUGUGAGAUGAUUUCUUCAAACCUACUCUGUACUCACCUCAAAUUCCACUGACUUAAAACUUUUUUCCAAGAUUGAGACUUUUUGUUUUGAAAUCUUGAAAUCUGCUUUGUGGGCUCUGUGUGAUUUGAUUUGCCGAAGAUUCUAUUAGCUUUGUUGGAUUCUUACACUAGUUGGAACACUAUGGUUCAGGCAUUAGAAGCUGUAAGGGGUGGUGGAGGAUCCAUUAAAGUAGGUACAACCGGCACAAUCAGUGCCCUGAUGACUAGAGAAUUGGACUCCACAAAAUCUGAAUCUAAGGUGCCGUCAUUGUCUGCUUCUGUCUCUGUUUUGGCUGCCGAUACAACUCCUAGAAGAGUGAAACCUGGAACGUCAGCAGGCGAAGUUGGCAGCAGCAGCAGCAGCAGCAGCAACAGUUGUAAAAAUCAUAAAGGCCCUGAAACUGUAAGGAGGCGGAAGCACCAGUCUGGAAGUAGUGAAACUCCAAUGCUCACAGCUGAUGAUAUAUCAAUAGAUGGAACUCCAAUAAGGCAAAAGCCCAUCAAGAAGGGAAUCAAUGCGGUCGCAAUUGUGGACAUAAAAUGUGGAAAUCCGGUCAAUCCUAUCACAAAUCGUCUGAAGAAGCUUGGUUUCUCAAAAUCAUCGAACAGCAGUGUCUAACCAUGUGACCUCUUAAGAUCAGCUUUCAGAUUCCUUCAAGUAAAAUCCAGAGAAGGAAAUUGGCUGGUUGCUUUCUACUACUUCUACCAUAAAUCAGAUACUGGUGUUAGCCCUAUGCGUCCUCGCUUCUUCUUUGUGGGAAUGGUGAUUGAUGACUCUAGCGCGAGUUUGGACAACUCUCCAGUAGAAGCCAAGUCCGAAUAUUGAUGAAGAUAAUUCUAGGAGUUUUAGAUAAUCACAAUCAUUUAUGUAUAACUGAUGGUUAUCUCAAAGCAUCAAGUCUUGGAACCUCCCAAGAAUGACUCAGCCGACACUUGUAGUUGAAGAGAGGCAAUUUAAGGCCUUAUGAUCCUAAGUCUUUGGAACCUUCUAAAAUGACACAGACAUGGGCUUUAUGAAGUCUUAAGACCUAAGAUUCACAUGCAUCAAUUUAUAAUCAAUUCAAAGUUGCUGUCUAGUACUAAUCUCUAACUAUUUGCACUUUAUGUUUGUUUUCAAAAUGUUGGAACAGUGAGUUUGUUAUUGUGACAUACACAUAACCUAUUAUGUGGUGAGUGCUGAACUAAGCAUGCCAUAAUAUUAGGCCAAUUUUGAUGGCAUCA